GAGGCGCUCUAACACGGCAGAUUACUCUUAUUUUAAACAAUUACAAAAAGUCCAAAUACAGUGUUUGUCUCCACAAUGGUAGAGGGCAUUCCUCUCAUAAUGUCAGUAUCAUUGUAUUUAUCGUCAUCAUUAUCAUGAGGGUUGUCUCUGUCGGUUCGUAAAUGCUACACUGUCUGGAUAUCUAUGGCACCGGAUAGUUGGUAGUGUAGUCAUCCACUAUCCCAGCAUGCCACUUAGGGAGAGUAAGUGGAGAGAUUGUGCGCACUCGAUGGUACCUCUCAGUUUUUCCAAAAUGUCGUCGUUGGAGCAGAGACUCUCCCGAAUCGAGGAGAAACUAAAACAGGAGAAUAAAGAAGCGCGAAGGCGCAUCGACCUCAACAUCGAUAUGAGCCCGCAGCGUGCCCGACCCCGACCCAUCAUCGUGAUCCAGCUCAGUCCCGCUCCAGCCCCCUCCCAGCGCGCAGCUCUCCAGCUCCCCCUGGCCAAUGACGGGGGCAGUCGGUCGUCGUCAUCGGAGAGUUCCCCCCAGCACCACUCGCACCCGAGCCGCCCACGCCACAUGCUGACUCUACCCACUCCCCCCUACAGCCUGCAGAAGAGCUUGGAGAAUGCGGAGAUUGACCAGAAGCUGCAGGAGAUCAUGAAGCAGACGGGAUACUUGAAGAUCGACGGCCAGAGGUACCCAGCCGAGGUCAGUGACCUCAUCAACGAGGGGGAGAUCGGCAGCGGCACCUGUGGACAGGUGUUCAAAGUGCGGUUCAAGAAGACCGACCACAUCAUCGCCGUCAAGCAAAUGCGACGGACGGGCAACAAGGACGAGAACAAGAGGAUCCUGAUGGACCUGGAUGUGGUUCUGAAGAGCCACGACUGUCCCUACAUCAUACAGUGCUAUGGCGCCAUUGUCACUAAUACGGACGUGUUUAUUGCCAUGGAGCUGAUGGGGACAUGUGCAGAGAAGCUUAAGAAGAGGAUCCAGGGACCCAUCCCUGAGCGCAUCCUGGGAAAGAUGACCGUAGCCAUAGUGAAGGCCCUGCUGUAUCUGAAGGAGAAGCAUGGUGUGAUCCACAGAGAUGUCAAGCCCUCCAACAUCCUCCUGGAUGCCAAGGGCCAGAUCAAGCUCUGUGACUUCGGCAUCAGUGGCAGGCUGGUUGACUCCAAAGCUAAGACCCGCAGUGCUGGCUGUGCAGCAUACAUGGCGCCUGAGAGGAUAGACCCCCCUGACCCAAGCAAGCCAGACUAUGACAUCAGAGCUGACGUAUGGAGUCUGGGCAUCUCGCUGGUGGAGUUGGCGACUGGCCAGUUUCCCUACAAGAACUGCAAGACGGAUUUUGAGGUGCUGACCAAAGUUCUCCAGGAAGAGCCUCCCCUGCUCCCUCUCAGCAUGGGCUUCUCCCUGGAUUUCCAGUCCUUCGUCAAAGACUGCCUUACAAAGGAUCACAGGAAAAGGCCAAAAUACCACAAGCUGCUUGAACACAGUUUUAUCCGGCGCUAUGAGGUUCUGGAAGUGGAUGUGGCAGGCUGGUUCCAGGAGGUGAUGGAGCGGACAGAGUCACCGCGCACCAGUCAGCUCUACAGCCAACAGCACCUGCAUUCGCUGUUCAGCAGUUUUCCGAGCUGCAGCUGUCGAGCUGACAUCCGAGGUCUCCCGCCCCGGUCCCGACCGGGAUCCGCUAAGCUUAGCUUCGGGGUUCUGAUGAGAUCGGGCUCGGUUCUCACUCCAGGCCCUGCUGAGUCUUCAGGAUCCGGGUCGAUGUGGGCCAGCCCGGGUUCGGUGAGCGAUGAUCUGUGCUCUGGACUAGAGAACAGCCCCAACCUGUGGGAGCCUGCUCGCGCUGUCAAACGCAGAUCAUCUCCUUUACCAUUUAUAUGAAUGUAUUGUUCCAGACUCGGGCCAUUUUGCAAAGACCAUGUGUCACAAUGUCACAAUAGUCAUUUUUUAGUUACUUUUUUUUGUUAAAAUUACUUGCCUUUUGACUAAUUUAUAGGUUAAGCAAGCAGGUUUUACUGCUUUUCUGUGCUGUAAGCCUAAAUUGCCUUCAUAGUCAGAUAGAGUAGGACCACUAGUACAAUGUAACUCAGGUUGCGGUGUUAAAAAUGACAGGAGCCCUCAGGCUGGAAAGCUGCUUUGUUCAUUUCAGCUUGUGCGCUUAGCAACUCACAUGCGGCAGUUUCCAGUCCAGUCCACCAGGUGGCACUGGUCAUGUUUCAGCUGUCCAGGAAGAGCAGCUCGCAGUGUCACUUCCUUCAUGAGCUGGACUGCGUGUCUCUACUCGUGACCUGAUGAUGAUGGUGAUGGAGUGUUAAUGUGAAGAUACAGUUAAGCUGGACUCAGUGUCUCAGUUACUCUACAGAUCUGAGGAGGAGGAUGAUGAUGGUGAAGAUGGAGUAAUAAUGUGAAGCUAUGAGCUGGACUGAGUGUUACUCUGCAGAUCUAUGAAAUGACUAGACAGAACCAUGUGUCAACAUUACAGAUGUUUGGUAGCUGUCCAGUAACUACUAACUAUUCUGCCUCAACCUCAACUUACAACCUACUCUACCGUAAUGUACCGAGCUACAGAUUCUUAUUAGAUAUGGUAUAGUACAGCCUCUUAUUGGACACACUGUAUAGACACACCCGCAAUAAGACUCUUUUUAGAAACAAUGUAUAUACACCAGGAGUGUCUUAUUAGACCCUCUGUAUAGACACACCUGCAGGACAGACUCAUAUUGCUCACACUAUAUAGACACACCUGUAGAACAGACUCAUAUUGCUCACACUAUAUAGACACACCUGUAGUACAGACUCAUAUUGAACACACUAUAUAGACACGCCUGCAGGACAGCCUCUUAAUGGACACACUGUUAAGACACGCCUGCUGGACAGACUCUUAAUGGACACACUAUAUAGACACGCCUGCAGUACAGACUCUUAAUGGGCACACUAUAUGGGUGGAGCGGUGGCUCUGUGGCUAAGGAUCUGUGCCUGUGGCUGGAAGGUUGCCGGUUCAAGUCCCGUGGCUGGC